CCAGAAGAGAAAAACAAACUGACAAGAGCCACCAACAUCACCAAAUCCUGGGGUUUUGGGCCCUCGGUACCGUUUGCGCACGAAGGGGCGUGGCCCCGGGACCCAGGCCAGGGAGCCAGAACUAUUCGCUGCUCGCAGGAGCGCAGCCUGUCGCCAAGGUCGGGUCAAGUCGUCGCGGGGCGUGGCUGAUAGGGCAGUGAUUUAAGAGACGCGGCUUUGGGACAGGAGGACCCGCACCAAUGGAGACCGCCAGGGACUACGCGGGAGCCCUCAUCAGGCCCCUGACAUUCAUGGGAUUGCAGACUAAGAAGGUCCUACUGACCCCCCUCAUACAUCCAGCUCGCCCUUUUCGAGUUUCAAACCAUGACCGAAGUAGCCGGCGUGGGGUGAUGGCCAGCAGCCUGCAGGAACUUAUCAGCAAGACUCUGGAUGUCUUAGUCAUCACAACUGGCCUGGUUACGCUGGUGCUGGAGGAGGACGGCACCGUGGUGGACACAGAGGAGUUCUUUCAGACCUUAAGGGACAACACGCAUUUCAUGAUCUUGGAAAAGGGACAGAAAUGGACACCGGGUAGUAAGUAUGUCCCAGUCUGCAAGCAACCAAAGAAAUCGGGAAUAGCCAGAGUCACCUUCGACCUAUACAGGCUGAACCCCAAGGACUUCCUCGGCUGUCUCAAUGUCAAAGCCACGAUGUACGAGAUGUACUCGGUGUCCUACGACAUCCGAUGCACAAGCUUCAAGGCCGUGUUAAGGAAUCUGCUGAGGUUUAUGUCCUAUGCUGCACAGAUGACGGGACAGUUCCUGGUCUAUGCGGGCACAUACAUGCUCCGAGUACUGGGCGAUACAGAAGAGCAGCCAUCCCCCAAGCCUAGCACCAAAGGCUGGUUCAUGUAACCAGGGCACAGCUACAGAGGCCCAGGGACCCUGCUCUCUGUUAUAGGCUGUGGGAUGCCAGGGGAAGGAAUGGGGGCUUGGGGGUGGUACCCAGUGCAGGGCUGAGUAGCAGGAUUCCUGCAAAGGAAAGGCGGCAGAGGGGCCUUUCAAGCGCUUUAGGAAGGGAUCAACAGCGGAGUGUGUGGGAACUGCGUGGAUACGAAUCAGUUUCUUUGGAUCCUUACAUACUGUAAUAAACCAGUCACAUGAGUCGUCUUUGAUACUUCCUUGC